ACACGUCAGCUGAAGGUGCCGGACACAUUUAGACGUCGCACACGUGGCACUUCCUGGUUCUUCCGUGUUGAUGUUCACCGAUGUAAUCAGUUUUAAGUCAAACGGUAGUAAUUUUCCUGUGUUUCUUACCUUCAUUAAGAUGCCAUCAAUUUGCGAUUACAUUAACAUAGAAUAAAAUCGACUUCCCGUUGAUUCCCUCUGUAAUUCCGCUGUUUGAGUUCCGUUUUUCUUAUUUGGCAUGCAGUCAUCAUCACCAGAUUUGCUGAGGGCACAACAGGUUUGAUGCCCACUGCUCCAACAUGGAGCACUCAGAUUUGAUGACACACACGAAUGGGCGGCAGAGGAAGAUGGCGGGUGCCAACAACCCACCUGAAAACAUGAGGUACAUGGACAAAGAAGAGAAGAGCUCCUCUGAGCCAGAAGGAGAAGAGGAAGCAGAAGGUCUUAUCAGAGGGUCAGACUCUGAGAACAGGAGGCACCGAGUCCGGCCUGGGAUCCAUGGCGAGUUGGGGAACGUGUUGCUUCUUCUGUUCCUGUAUGUGCUUCAAGGGAUUCCUCUGGGACUGGCUGGUAGCAUCCCUCUGAUCUUACAGAGUAAGAGCGUCAGCUACAAAGACCAAGCCUUCUUCAGCUUCGUCUUCUGGCCAUUUAGUCUCAAGCUUCUCUGGGCGCCACUGGUGGACGCGCUCUACUUUAGCAGGUUUGGUAGAAGAAAGUCAUGGCUGGUUCCCACACAGUUCCUGCUGGGCCUCUUCAUGCUCUACCUUUCUGGGACGGUCGAUUCACUGCUGCAGAGUGAGGGAGGACCAAAGGUGGUAACACUUACUGGAGUCUUCUUUAUACUUGAGUUUCUGGCAGCCACACAGGACAUAGCUGUGGACGGUUGGGCUCUGACAAUGUUAUCCAGAGAGAAUGUGGGAUAUGCGUCUACAUGCAACUCUGUGGGCCAGACAGCUGGAUACUUCUUGGGGAAUGUACUCUUUCUGGCUUUAGAGUCUGCAGACUUCUGUAACAAAUACCUCAGAGUAGUGCCCAAGGAUACAGGCAUCGUCACCUUGUCAGACUUCUUGUUGUUUUGGGGAGUGGUGUUCCUGGUGUCCACGACUUUGGUAGCCAUCAUUAAAAGGGAAAAUGAGCAGGGCAAAGGAAAGAGGAGAGUCCAUGAGGAGACAGAGGGCGUCAUGGAUACCUACAAGCUGCUGUUCUCUAUAAUCAAGAUGCCCACAGUCUUCACCUUUUGUGCCCUGCUUCUCACUGCUAAAAUUGGCUUCUCUGCGGCAGAUGCAGUCACAGGUCUGAAGCUGGUGGAGGCUGGAGUUCCCAAGGAGCAGCUGGCAUUGCUGGCAGUGCCCAUGGUGCCUCUGCAAAUCCUACUACCUGUGAUCAUCAGUAAAUACACAGCAGGGCCCAGACCUCUGGAUGUCUUCUACAAGGCCUUCCCUUUUAGGUUGCUAAUCGGCCUGCUGUACGCUCUGCUGGUGUGGUGGACCCCCAGUGUGAAAGAAGAAGGAGGGUUCCCUGUUUACUACUAUGCCAUUGUGCUGCUUAGCUACGCAUUGCAUCAGGUGGCGUUGUACAGUAUGUACGUGGCCUGCAUGGCCUUCCAUGCCAAAGUGAGUGACCCCCUCAUCGGUGGGACCUACAUGACCCUGCUGAACACAGUCAGUAACCUUGGCGGAAACUGGCCCUCCACUGUGGCACUGUGGAUGGUGGAUCCCCUGACUUCAAAGGAGUGUCAGGGGGCUGUCAGGCAGAGAUGUGGCUCUCCAGACGAGGCCGGGCUGUGCAUUAAGGAGGGCGGUCUUUGUGUGACUACAUUGGACGGAUACUACGUGGAGUCAGUGGUGUGUGUUGUGAUUGGUUUAGCCUGGUGGGUGUGGUUAGGGAAGAAGAUGAGGCGGCUGCAGGAACAGAGCCCCGCUGCAUGGAGGUGCAGAGCUAAUCAGUGAUGACUGUAUCAUUACCACAGACGCUUAUUUUCUUGCACCUCCACAUACUCUGCUCUGAAAGCUGCUGAAUGGUGGACACUUUCAUUCCAUUCUCAUCUGUCUGAUUUAGUCCCUCCGGUCCUGCUCUAGCUGCGUUCAGAAAACUCUCACACUUUCUCACCUCUGUCACCGUAAAAUACAUACAUCUGAUGAAAGACGCUGUUGUCUCUCUGAAGGUAAACAUUGUUACAGGUGCUAACUGUGACAGUGUAUAGUAAAACAAGAGGUCAGACUAGCAAUAUAUUUUUUAUUUUUUUUAAACCUUUCUGCUGCUCAGAACAGCCUAACCAAAUGAUCACGGGGACAGAAUAUUUUCAAAUAACUUUCUGAGUUUGAUGCUACCUGCUUGGAUAUCCAGUUAGAGUUUACUGUGUAUAAGUACAAUUGAAGUUGUUCUGUGCCUUUUGCCCCAAAUGUGAAAUAAAAUAACUUGAUCCUCUCCACAUAAAAGAAAUCUUGUAAAUUAACAUUAGUAAACUCCGCACUUCAGAUUCUGGUUUACCUUCCCGGCAAGUCACCAUUUAAUUUAUAUUAAAAGGAUACUAAAGGGAAAAGACAGGCAAAACACACACAUGCACUCCUCCAAACUAUCUGAAGUGAACUGAUGCUGGUUAAUCCGUGUAAAUUAAGCCCGGUGUGAAGACUAUCUUUCAUUGCUGUUUGACUCAAAUCUGAACCAAUAUUUUUUAUUAUUAUUAUUAUUUAAUUAGAUGUUUUUCCUCUGAGGUGAUUUGUGCCUUGUUUAGUGUUUCAAAGUCUUUCAAAGCCAACCUUGUUUAAGUUAUCAAGGCAGGGAAUAUUAGUGUCAUCUGAAGAUGAGGUUGUUAAAUUGCUGAAGAUACAUUGUGUAAAUCAUUAAUACUGUAGUUUGGUAGAUUACACAAAACAAGACUUAAGUUAUUUGUUUUCUUUUAUUACAUACUUUAGAAUAUGACUGAGCACACAUUCCUAAUUAAUUAUUUUAUUAUUACAAUCAAUGGUUAAAUUAACUGAGAUGUCUAAAUUAGGAAAUGUUUUUUGUAGAAGCAAUCUUUUAUUUUUGGAAACGUUCCUUAAAUCUGAUUAGUUUUACCCAAUAUAGGACCAAUUUAAAUCUUUAAUAGCAAUAUUGGACGGUGCAGCUUUAAAUUGUUUAAACCUCUUGGUUAUCAAUAUUGGUAAAUUGUUUUUGCUCAGAUAUUUUUUAGUUGAAAGAAUAAAACUACUUAAAAAUAUAAUAUGCACAUUUUCUUUUCUAUCUAUCCUAGUAGGUCUCAUUUUCCAGUUUUACUGAUGCAUUAUGCUGUAUACUAACAAUUUAUUACAGCAGUCCUAAGAAGACAUUUUAACAUCUAUAAAGUCAGGUUUUGCAGUGUAGAUCAAGAAUCUUUCCAUGGAUCCCAACUGAGUGGGACAAUAACACCAGCCUAAAAUAUAAGACAGUAAAUGCAUAGUGAUUUCUUUUCCCUCCAAAAAAAAUCCAGAUCCCAGCCUCAGUUAGAAAUUUGGUAAGCAGAUAUCCUGUUUGUAUUGCAUAUUGUACAUAAACUGAAUGUUACAGUAUUUUCUCUGAAGCCAGCAUUGAAAGUCCAACUGCUGUCAGAUGUAAAUGUUGAAAUACACAAUCAGGGUUCAUGUAAAGCUAAAAGCUUAAUUUCUCUAACUCAUUUUGCAUUUAGUAGUAAUAGUUUGUCCUGUACCAAUGUUGUAAACCACAUGUAAAAGCUCAAACAUUUCCAUAUUACCAUGGUAGCAGUUGUCUGAAUUAAUGAAUCAGUUUAUUUCACUUUAGACUACAUAACUUUGCUUUGAUGUUUAUUGGCCUUUCAUUUGUACCAGUAUAUCACUGUAAUAUGAUACUUAUUCCCGAGAGCCUUUUUGCCAUUAACAGGGCACCAUGUUUGUUUGGAUUUUCUUUGACAAACAAUGUGACUGUUGAUUUCAGCUAUAUAUGCAUUUGUUUUUAUGUUUUAGAUCAGGGUUUUUACUUUACUCUGCUAAAUUGGCUUUUAGGUUGUGGUAAAAUACUGGUAUUUCAGCAGCAGAAAGUUGUUUUGUUUUUUAACUUUACAUUAUUUAUGUCCAAAUCCCCAAUCAUAUGAAAGAAAAGGAUAGCACAGGGUGACAGUAUCGGGAGAAAUUUAAAUAUGCUAGCAGCAGACAACUUUGGCAUUCAUAGGAUGCAAUGUUAAUGAGAUUUGAAAUAAAUAAUUUAAAAACAAAUG